AUGAUUAAAAACGGAACAGGCCCGAUAAUCAGGAUGUCUUCGGCCGGCACGCAUUCCGCCGGAGGUGUCCAAUGUUGCUUCUGCAGAUGUUGCACCUGUAUACACCUGGAAUUCUUAAAAACUAUGCCCGGUGUCUUGAAACUAUGCGAAACGAUUAUCAGUGGUCUGAUACAGAGUUUGCUAAUUAAUUACGGUUUAAAAUACGGCACGCAGAUUGGUUCAGCUUUCGAAGGGUCUUUGACUACGUGUUCGGCUUGUUUUUUCACAUCAGCUGUCUUACUUGCCUGUUACGCCGUAUCGGAAAAAUCCUACAGAUUAAUUAGAUCGUCGCUCUUCGAAAUGAUGUUCAAUGCUUUAGCUUCCUUUCUCUACUUGAGCUCAGCCUCGUAUUUGGCAUUCUCCACCAAGGUGUUUCUCCUGCCAGAAUAUUACAUUCGACCAGGAUUCGACGUUUACCCAGCGAUGACUGCUGCUUACAUUAUGAGUGGCUUUGUCGGAGUAUUGCACGGGGCAGACGCAUAUUUCUCUUACACGCAAUAUAGGACCGGAAGAUGA